AUCGUAAUUGAGCACCACUGGCAACCACGCGUGUUUUCCACGUUAAGUCCACGCGUCUCGGAGCCCGUGCCGCUUCUCGUAUUGCCAAUCAGUCCCGUGUGAGUGCGAGACGCGUGCCGACGCAGCGUCGAGUGACUUCUCCCUGAUUAUCGAGAGAAAAGCGUAUCGCAGAGGCGCACGCCUAACCUCCUCUCGUCGCCGCCGUGCCGCCGAGACUCGCGAUACCACGAGGAUCGCUGAAAGGUGCGUUUACGUCAGUUUACGUUGAGAUACCUACUGCAAGUGAAUCGUAACGCGACGCUCGUCUCCUUCGUUACUCCGGCGUUGCUUCGAGACACUGAUCUUAGGCUGUUUUGCGCAAAUUGUUCGCCGCAUAAUCCGUUCCGGAGGUAACCUAACCUACAAGGGCACUUCCCAUUAAGAAGGCUUCUCGAAGAAGAGCUUCCGCGACGAGUGUGUGCUCUCGGCAUCAGGGUCUGAGCAAUCAUGCCUACGUGGAAUCAGAUUCAGACGCAGCUGCGAAACCCCAAUAACCCGGUCGUGUUCUUCGACGUGUCGGUGGGCACCACGGAGAUAGGUCGCAUGAUCUUCGAGCUGUUCGAGGACGUCUGUCCGAAGACGUCGGAGAACUUCCGGCAGUUUUGCACGGGGGAGUACAGAAAGGACGGCGUGCCGCUGGGCUUCAAGGGUGCCAUCUUCCACCGGGUGAUCAAGGACUUUAUGAUACAAGGCGGUGACUUCGUCAACGGCGACGGCACCGGGGUGCUGAGCAUCUACAGCGGCGGUACGUUCCCCGAUGAGAACUUCACGCUGAAGCACGACUCGCCCGGUCUGCUGUCGAUGGCGAACAGCGGCAAGGACACCAACGGCUGCCAGUUCUUCAUCACGUGCGCCAAGUGUAAUUUCUUGGACGGCAAACACGUUGUCUUCGGUAGAGUUAUCGAUGGUCUUCUCGUCAUGAGGAAAGUAGAGAACGUUCCCACCGGACCGAACAACAAGCCAAAGAUUCCAGUGACAAUAUCUCAAUGCGGACAGAUGUAGUAGCGAUAUUAUUUAGAAUCCAUGAACAUCCAUGAACUAAUAUUAUAUAUGAACUGUGACAGUUAUGAUAUAUUUAUAUCUCUGCAUUUACUUUUCCAACAACAUACAAUAAAAGUAUAAAUUUUGUAAUAUA